CUCCCCAGGUUUAAGCGAGAGUCCCUGAAGGUUCUGGGGACAGUGGGAGAGCCCAUCAACCCUGAGGCCUGGCAGUGGUACUACAACGUGGUGGGGGAGAGGAGGUGUCCUGUAGUGGACACCUUCUGGCAGACGGAAACUGGUGGACACGUGUUGACUCCUCUUCCUGCAGCAACACCCAUGAAGCCUGGAUCUGCUACGUUCCCGUUCUUCGGAGUGGUGCCUGCCAUCUUGAAUGAGUCGGGAGAGGAGCUGGAGGGGCCGAGUGAAGGAUACCUGGUGUUCAAACGGCCGUGGCCCGGUGUGAUGAGAACAGUGUUUGGAAACCAUCAGAGGUUUGAAACCAUUUACUUCAAGAAGUUCCCGGGAUACUACGUCACCGGAGACGGUUGCCGUAGAGACAAGGACGGUUACUACUGGAUCACAGGGCGGAUCGACGACAUGCUGAACGUGUCAGGCCACUUGUUGAGCACAGCGGAGGUGGAGUCGGCUCUGGUGGAGCAUGAGGCCGUUGCUGAGGCCGCUGUGGUGGGCAGACCUCAUCCUGUGAAAGGAGAGAGCCUCUACUGCUUCGUAACCCUCAAUGACGGGCUGACGUUCAACCGCACGCUGGAGGCAGAACUCAAAAAACAAGUGAGGGAGAAGAUCGGCGCCAUCGCCACACCGGACUUCAUCCAGAACGCCCCUGGACUCCCCAAGACCCGAUCAGGGAAGAUCAUGCGACGGGUGCUCCGCAAAAUCGCCUGCGGCGAACGGGACCUGGGGGACAUCUCCACGCUGGCCGACUCGUCCGUCGUCGAGCAGCUCUUCCAGAACAGAUGCGGCGCCGCCGUGUGACGACCUCAGGGAUCCUCGCUCAGACUGUGGCUGCACACCGACGGCCACAAAGUCAACCAGGGAAGAAGAAGAGGACAGGAGGAGGAGGAGGAGGAUUCUUUGGACUCGGUCUUGGCUUGAUAACAACCUCUAGCUCCUGGUGAGGAGCAGCGGCGCUCAGCACGCAUUUAAAAUCAGAUAUUUCACAUCACAACUGACUUGAACAUCUGGAUUGAACAGGUUGGAUGAAAUGAGUCCAGAAGGAGACAGAUGCUUCUGUUAGAAAUAAAAACCAGUGAGCUUGAGAAGCUAGAGGUUGUUUGUGGGUAAGACCGUCCUGCAGCCGGACCGUGCAGGAGGCGGAGUCUUGUUUUAUCCUUGUUUUAGCCAAUAAUACGCAGCAGUUUGUUAACGUGUCACCGCUCAGUCAAAGCAAAGAUCCAGCGUUCGUAUGACAGAUGUGGUCGAAGACUCCUCCCCUCGCUCCGAGCCAUCGUCCUGUUCUUUACACUGAGGAUUAGCUUCAUUUGAAAUGUUUUAUGUAGGUUUGCGUUGGAUGUUUGAUUGAGGAGUUUUUCUGUCUGUGUCCGCACGCUCGUACGUUUUCUUCUGUUUUUUAAUUGUAGUUUCAGGAGACGUGUCUCCAGCCUCUCGUGGCUCAGAAAAUAACAUGUUGACGGAAAGUGUUCACUGAGAUUCGUGGCUGAAACGUUUUUCCUCUGCGGACGUGAUUUGAGCAAAGUUGUUUCCAUCUUUAUUUGUUCUGCUUGUUUGUGUGACUGUGAAUGUGCCAACCUGAGGAACCGUGGCGCUCGGUGUUUAAAGCUCAUUUCUGUGUCUGAUGUUAAAAGUGCAGCUGCUUCUUUGAUUCUAAUCUUUUUCUUGUGUAACGAGGGAGAGGGAAGGAAGUUUGUCCUUUAUUUUUUUGCUCUGUUCAUUUUUAUUUGUGUCGUUUCAUUUGUUGGAAUCGAACAGUAAAAGGACGUGACUGCCGCC